AUGGCGGCUGCACGGAAUCCGUCCCGGACGGCGCCUCCCACGCCCCGUCGCGAUGGUUUCCACCUCAUCUCCAACGUUCCCAUUGAUUGGGACAAGCCUGUUCCGCGGCUCGGAACCUACGCUUUCCGAGAUAUCACCUACAGCAAGUCAUCAGUGGAUGCGGCGGCACGUAUAGCUUUUGAUCGCGCCCAAGUCCUGCACGCCUUUACCCCUACGACGAUUCGCGAAAUACAAAUGGCUUUAGAAGAUGCCACGGAUGAUCCGUACGUGGGGGUCGUUAUCCUCACUUCCAACAUUGAUGCCGAGCAGUAUACUCCCGCCUUUUGUGCCGGAGGCGAUCAAACCGUCCGCGGGGACGGAGGCUAUCAAGAUGGAACCGAAAUCGCACCGAAACUUCGAGUGCUAGACCUGCAAAUACAAAUGCGCCGGUGUCCCAAGCCUAUAGUUGCUCAAGUCCGCGGGUAUGCCAUUGGCGGAGGACAUAUUCUGCACAUGGUCAGUGACUUAACGUUGGCUAGUACGAAUGCCGUCUUUGGACAAACGGGGCCGCGCAUGGGUUCCUUCGACGCCGGCUACGGCUGCACCACGGCGGCGGCCCUGAUGGGCCAAAAACGCGCUCGUGAAUUGUGGUUUUUGUGUAAAUUCUAUUCCGCCCACGAAGCACAGGCAAUGGGAAUGGUGAAUGCCGUAUACAAAGAUGACGAGCUGGAUGGCGAAACGGCCCGAUGGGUCCGGCGGAUGAUCAGCAACUCCCCCACGGCCCUCGCCGGAUGCAAGGCGGCGCUGAAUGCGGCCCAGGACGGCGCUGCCGGGAUAUCCCAAAUGGGUGGCGAAAUUACGAGGCUUUUCUACCUUUCCGACGAAUCUCGUGAAGGAAGAGACGCCUUUUUGGAAAAACGAGCGCCCAAUUUUCGAAGUAAACUAUGA